AUGAUUGUUACUGUUAUAAGAUUAAUGGAAAUUCAUAUCCUUUAGUAAUAAUUAUCCUUGAUGUACAGGUCUGAGCAGAUCUUAAUAUCUAAGUAUCUUUUAGUGAUAUAAUAAUAUAAUGAGCUAAUGAAACUAAUUAGUUAGAGAUACAAUUUGUUAAAUCAAUUUAUCAAGUAAUUUAAAAUAAUGUACUAAUUCGUUCUGUUAUUAAUUAGACAGGCAAAAUAUAGACUACUGCACUGAUUACUUAAACCUAUACUAUAAAUAUUUUUGGCUAGGUAAUUUAUGCCCAAUUAAAACAAUUUAAUUAUUUCAGAAAGGCAAUACUACUUUAUAUAUAGGUUUUAAAUUUGUUUAUUCAUUUUAGCAUGUCAUAACAAAUAUGCCGCCGUUUGA